AUGGUAAGAGGUGGCGGCGACGGCGACGAAGGAGGAGGAAGAGGAGGAGCUAAUGCUGGACCUCGCCACGCCCACCCUCGACUGCAAAUGGUCAGUUUGGGGAAAGGGGGGAAAGAACAGCUGCGGACCAUUGGGGAGACAAAUGAGGUUCUGGUACUGCGUUGGCUAAGAACAGGUCCCCGAUUGCCUGAAUUGGCUUGUGGAAAUCCUGCUUUGGACUAUGUUUGGGGCAUCCCAACGGCAGCUUCCCGUGACAAAUAUCGUAACAUCGGUUCAUUCACAUUGCACGAUAGUGAGGAACCGAGUAAACAAGAAGAGGUGCUCUUCAUUUGUUCGCUCUUUAGAGCUGUGUGCGUACCGAAGGAUACAGUAAUUUUGGAUACUCCAGGAAAGGGAACGAUGUCCUCAUUGUUGGUUACGUUUAUAUCUGUUGCGUUUGUGAGCCAUAUUUCCGGCGAUGUCAUGCAAAUGGUUGAUUCACAAUGGAUGGAACGUUUUGUCCCACGGGAAUACAAGAAGUUGAAGCCAGAUGACGGGAAUGAAGCAGAUGUCUCCAAAGACAACAACUAUGGGUACAGUGAACAAGGGAUGAAAGAUCUGGAUGAGGUGGGUGGUUUAGUUGGAGGCGGUGACGCUGAACUACUUGGGAUUCUACGUCCUUACUACUCCGUCGUGGAUAUGUCCGCUAACGGCAAUAAGCAGGGCAUGGGUUCUUAUCUUCACGUUUUGCCCGAUUCUUCAGAAGGUGACGAACCUGUCUACACUCUCGGGGCAUCAUUCUAUGGUGGACUUGAACCUGCUGGUGCCAAGCUGGGCUAUAUGACAAGACCAUUCGGCAAGAAGAAAUAA